UACCUUGACUUCGAAAUAGUUGAAGGGAAUGAAAGGAGGAUUACUGUUCUUUUUGAAAGGUGCCUUAUCGCAUGCGCUCUUUACGACCAAUUUUGGACUAAGUAUGCUCGAUGGACGCAGAAGCAGCAUGGAUCUGAUGCUGCUCGUGAGGUAUACCGUCGAGCACAGCAGCAUAUUCCCGGAAAUGUUCGUCUCGCCUUGGCGUUCUCGGCCUUUGAAGAAGCCCUUGGUAUGAGGUCUUAUCACAUUUCACGCGUAUUUCUUUGCUCACAUGAGCUUGCGUAA